CGAGUCAAAGUCUUCAGGGACCCAAUCCAGGUGACUGAUCAGACACACACACUUGGUUGUAUGCAGUGGCACUUGCCACACUGUUUUGACAUUGCUGACGUGGCGCAUGCCACACUAUCUUGGAUACUGAUCGGAAUGUGACAAGGAGGGAGAUUGAGAUCUGUGGGAUUGGUCGAGUGAGAAACGGGGAAACUUAACUGUUGAUGCUGUCGAUAUUGCGUGCUGCAAAGACGUCUUCAUGGGAGAACCGUGCCUACAUGGCGCUAUGUUGCGAUGGGGAGGAGGAGGAGGAGGAAGAGGGCGAUGGGGGGGAGGAGGACAAGGAAGAGGACGACGGAGGGGAGGAGGAGGAGGAAGAGGGCGAUGGGGAGGAGGAAAACGACGAUGGGGGGGAGGAGGAGGAGGAAGAGGGCGAUGGGGAGGGGCACGACGAGGAAGAGGGCGAUGGGGAAGAAGACGAAGAUAAGGAGGAGGAGGGAGAGGGCAAUGGGGAGAAGGAGGAGGAGGAAGUGGGCAAUGGGGAGGAGGAGGACGAGGAAGAGGGCGAUGGGGAGGAGGAGGAAGAGGACGACGGGGAGGAGAGAGUCCACUUACCAGCGAUGGCUGCAACAGCAGGCCACCACAACGAUGGCAACAACAGCACUCCACCGCAGGCGAUCUCCACCCCGUCCACCGCAUCCCUGCACACCGCGCUUGGCCCCGACGGGCUACCCCGGCCUACCCCAGGCCUACGGGUCCAAGACUGCCCCCCCAAGCCGCCCGGUUUUAUCACGUAAGCUGACCCCGAAAACGGGUACGCGCGUACACGUAUGCGGCACGUACGCACGUACGUGCAUACACAUAUGCUCGUAUGCUGAGCACGC